AUGCGGUGGCGGCUGCCGGGCGCCCGUUCGACCCUCCCCGCCAGUGUCGCCCUCCUCCUCCUGCCAGCCCUGGUCGCUCCGCAGCAGCAACCAGACCAUGACAAGAUCUCCCGCCUCUCAGUGCCCCUGGCACAAGAGUCAUCAACACACGCAGCACCCGUAGCUGCACCCCCCAUCGUGAAACCCAACGAUGCGAGCGCCCUUGCUACUCUGGCUCUGGCAGGCUCCGGCCGCGCCGUUCGAGCCCCUCCUGUCCAGGCCAGCAGCACAGCUGCAGGCCUGGCUUCGCAGCUUCACGCGCGGUCCUUGCAGGACUGGGAGGUUGAGGAUUUUGUGCUACUGGCGACCGUCGACGGAACUAUUCACGCCCGUGAUCGCAAGACCGGGACUGCACGCUGGGCCCUCGAGGUCCCUUCCAGUCCUGUUGUUGAAAGUAUCUAUCAUCGUGCGAAUCGUUCCGACUUUGAUGAUACCGAGCCUGAGGACGAUUUCUUGUGGAUUGUUGAGCCUAGCCAGGAUGGUAGUCUCUUUAUCUACAGUCCCGGCCCGGACGCCGGUUUGCAGAAACUCGGCUUGACUGUUAAGCAGCUUGUCGAUGAAACACCUUAUUCUGGUAUUGAUCCUGCUGUGACUUAUACUGCCCGGAAAGAAACUACACUUUAUACUAUUGACGCCCGGACUGGGAGUAUUCUGAGGGUGUUUAGCUCUCGGGGCCCUAUUACUUCUGGGCAGGAGUGUCGGAAGGUCGAUGGUCAAGAUGUGGAUCCGGAGGAGUGCGAGUCCAGCUCGGGUACUUUGGUACUGGGUCGGGUUGAAUAUGCCGUCGCUAUACAGAAUACCGAGACGGGUGAUCCGAUAUGCACAUUGAAGUACUCGGAGUGGGCACCGAACAAUCGUGACAUGGACCUCCAGAGCCAAUAUUAUCGCACAAUGGACCAGAGUCAUAUCUAUAGCAUGCAUGACGGUGUGGUCCUCGGGUUCGAUCACUCGCAGAUGGAUCGACCUCGUUAUACCCAGCGCUUCUCGUCGCCUGUGGCUCGUGUCUUUGAUGUGGUUCGCCCUUCCCACAAGGACAGACCGGAUAACUCCACUCCGCUGGUCCUCCUGUCGCAACCUCUUCAGCCGCCAGACCCAGAUUAUGGUUCGCUUGAUGAUGACCGCGACAUGCGUGUGUUUAUCGAUUGCACCGAGGCAGGUGGCUGGUAUGCCUUCUCCGAGGAAACGUAUCCUCUUGCUACAGGCCGCGCCCCAAUGGCUUCAUGCUAUGAUAAAGACUUCUUCCGCCGGGGCCAGGCACUCAUGAGUCUGACUCCGCAUCAGCAGCGGAAUGCUUUGGCGGGUGUCCAUUCGCUCAAUGGUCCGCGUAUAAUCCGCUCUCCCAUGCCCAGAAUCGCUGGGUCAUCCACUUCUGAAUUGUCAAAUGACACUCCCUGGGAGGCUUUACGCAGCCCCUCUGAGCUGGCCUUGCCUCCGGCUCUUCGGAACAGCGCAAUCAUCCGCAAGAGUUGGGACAAUGCAUUGGACAUUGUUGUCACUUUGAUUCUCUUGUUCAUUUGCACCUUUAUCUAUUUCAACUCUCAUCAUCUUCGCGACUUGGCCAAACAGAAGCUCGACAUCAAGAACAUCAUCAAUUCCAACGACAAAGCCUCUCUCUCAACUCCCUCCACUCCUCUUGUCGGCGCUUCUCCGGAUCUCAAGCGCUCGCCGACGCCUAAUCAGCAAGUCCCCAAUGUGACUGUUGAUCUGGAUGUGGAUGACCCAACACCACGUGUCAAGAUCCGUGAGCCAUCCCGUGGUCCUGAAGAUGAGGAGGGCGAUGAGAAUGAGAAGCCCAAGAAAAAGGGCCGCGCUCGUGGUUCACGUGGUGGAAAGUCUCAUCGUCGUCGCAGAAAGCCUGGCAGCGAAGGUGACACUACCGAAGUUGCCGAGCAGGUCAUUGAUCAAGUCGGUACCUUGGCUCCUCAAACUCGACUUGAGCCUGAUGUACAAAUGACUCGUCAGGUCUCAAAUGAGAUUAUGGAGAUGGAUGGUGUUAUCCGCAUUGGCCGUCUUCAAGUUUUCACUGACGUUGUUCUGGGCUUCGGUAGUCAUGGAACUGUGGUUUACCGUGGUUCCUUUGAUGGACGUGAUGUGGCAGUAAAGCGGAUGUUGAUGGAGUUCUAUGAUAUUGCAUCCCACGAAGUGGGCUUGUUGCAAGAAAGUGAUGAUCAUCACAACGUGAUCCGAUACUUCUGUCGUGAGCAAGCGACUGGCUUCUUAUACAUUGGCCUUGAGCUUUGUCCCGCAUCUUUGCAGGAUGUCAUUGAACGUCCUGCUGGAUACCCAGAACUUGUUCAAAAUGGCUUGGAUUUGCCGGAUGUACUGCGUCAGAUCACUCAAGGUGUGCGUUACUUGCAUUCGCUCAAGAUUGUCCACCGUGAUCUCAAGCCGCAGAAUAUCCUCGUGGCCAUGCCCCGUGGUCGCAGCAUCUCUCGCUCAUUGCGGCUCCUCAUCUCUGAUUUCGGUCUUUGCAAGAAACUAGAGGACAACCAGAGUUCUUUCCGGGCGACUACGGCCCACGCUGCUGGAACUUCUGGCUGGCGUGCCCCUGAGCUGCUGGUAGAUGAUGAUGGUCCGAUGUCUCUCGCCUCACAACACACCGAGUCUUCGGAGCCUGCUGUUGUAGACCCGCAGACAAACCGCCGUGCUACCCGUGCCAUUGAUAUCUUCUCCUUGGGCUGUGUCUUCUACUACGUCUUGACCCGAGGUAGCCACCCAUUCGACAAGAAUGGAAAGUUCAUGCGUGAAGCGAACAUCGUCAAGGGACACUUCGACCUGGAGGAAUUGAACCGCCUGGGCGAUUACGCAUUCGAAGCCGAUGAUCUCAUUCGAUCCAUGUUAUCCCUCGACCCCCGUCAACGACCCGACGCCAGCGCUGUCCUGAUGCACCCCUUCUUCUGGCCUCCCUCUGACCGCCUCAGCUUCCUCUGCGACGUCUCCGACCACUUCGAAUUCGAGCCCCGCGACCCACCUUCAGACGCUCUCCUCUGUCUGGAAUCCGUCGCUAGACGGGUCAUGGGUCCAGAGAUGGAUUUCUUGCGCUUACUGCCGAGAGACUUCAAAGACAAUCUCGGUAAGCAGCGCAAGUAUACCGGAUCACGCAUGCUUGAUCUCCUUCGCGCUCUCCGUAACAAGCGCAAUCAUUAUAAUGAUAUGCCUGAGUAUCUUAAGGCUCAUAUUGGUGGUUUGCCCGAGGGAUAUCUUAAUUUCUGGACUGUUCGCUUCCCCAGUCUUUUGAUGAGCUGUCAUUCUGUCAUUGUUGAGUUGGAUUUGACUCGCAUUGAUCGGUUCCAGAGAUAUUUUGUCCCGCCUGAGUAG